UCCGGACCUACGUGACUGUGUGAUUUGAUUUUUGGGCGGAAAAAUUCAGAAGAGAGACAGUUAUUUCAGGAUGAUGAACACUGGGGAGAAUGUGAGAAGUCUGGUCGCCGAUGUAGGGGUCAAACUAGUGUGCCUCUUAGUCCUGGCUGGUCAGUCAGCCUUUCUUGACCACAUCCUUAUCCACUACGGAGAGGGAACCGGGUUUCGGCGUGGCUUCGAAUGGAUCAUCAUCGACGCAAUAGUUUUGUUAUUCUGGAUCGCAGCAUUUGUGGUGUCCAGACGGCAAGCUGGUCACCCGGUGUACCCGCUGCCAAAAACAAAGAAAGAUUUCUUCUACGAGUUCCCAUUUGCCUACGCCUGUUGGCUCAUCUAUGCCUGCGUCUUCGUUGCCAAAAUCAUCCGUAUUAUUCACAACAUUGAUCUCACCGGUGUGCACGAAGGAUUAUUUAGCCCUAUCGUUCUAAAGAUAGCGGUAUCGCUGUCCGCCAUUUUGUUUCUCUUGCUCACGCACAGCCACCAUGAAGACGUGAAGAAAGAGGAAUAUAGACUUCAAGUUCAGAAGCUUGGCACUAUGGCUGGGUUGGCUUUGCUGGACAGCGCCGACCUACUGGACAUGGUUGUGAGCGGGGAUGAGCAACAUAUCCUACCGUACCACGUUCGCUCUGCUGUGGUCGCCUUCGGGUGUAUCUGCUUCAUCUUACCGUCCAUUCCGCUCUUCGCACUCCGGGUCCUCGCCUCGAAGCAACCGCGCUUCCCGAGCCAACCUCGCCCCAAGCCAAAGAAGAAGAAGAAAGACCGAAACCGGGGCGAGCGGGAGGAGCCACCCGAAGAAGAGAGCCACUGGGAGGGGGCUUUCCUCCUCAAGUCGGUACUCUAUCUCCUACUCGUGGACAUUCCUUUCUUCGCCAUCCGAUUCAACCUGUGGUUGCAACAGGGAAUGACGGCGUCCGUUUUUCUAACAAAGAACCUUUUUAUGGUGGUCCGAGCGGCACUGGAUCUGGUCAAUGAGAUGCCGCAAUGCAUGAAGCCAGUGGAGAAACGGGACAGACCACUUCUUGAACUAGGCAUGGUGGUUCGAAUCAACAAGUAA